AGAGUGUCGACGGCAGAUUACGUCUGCGUGGCCUGAGGUGCGCUCAAGCAUACUGCGAGGUAAACCAUAAGCUGCGACAGACGAAAGAGGGCGUUUGCACUUCCGUCUCAAUCACAUGUCAUCGGCAUCUCUUUGUUCCGUUGACGCGAACACCCUGUUCCAAGCUGCCGGGAUUCUUGGUUGCUGCGUCAUCAUUCGGCAUCCGCGGGGCUCAGCAGUGAGCAUUUGACCAUCUUCAACCUGCAGUGGCGUAAACUAUUCUUUCCUGUCUUCGCAUAAUAAAUACCUAAUCUCACCUCAUCACGAAAACCAUCUCGCCAGUCCCCAACAGCAUGGCAGAUUUCGCCCCUCCUCCAGGCCCUCCGCCACCAAAAGUGCCAGAAGGCUGGAAAGCAAUCUGGAACACCCAAUACAACGAAUGGUUCUACGUCAACACCCACACCAAACAAUCCCAAUGGGAGAAACCCACCGAACCCGUCUACCCUCCACCUUCGGGCUCUGCACCCCCACUAGCAGACGGUCCCCCAGCAUACGAUCACUCCUCGAGUCAAAACGUCGGACCCGAAAAAGGUGGCCAGUUAGGAACCAAUAAUCCUUAUAACAACAAUGCCGGUAACACUUCCAACAUGACCGAAGACGAACGUCUCGCGCGACAAUUACAAGAAGAAGAGAAUGCGCGGAAUAAUGGACCAAGAGCCGGUGCAGCAGAUGGCUAUUAUCAAGGUGCUCCACAAUCACAAGUCGGACAACCUUAUGGUUCACCUUAUGGCUCUUCGAGUAGUCCAUUACCCGAUCAAGAACAGAACCGUGGGAAGAAAUCCGGUGGCCUCCUAGGGAAAAUCACAUCGAAACUCUCUGGAGGAGCGAAACCUCAUCAGUCACCAUACGGCGGUGGUGGGUAUCCUCAGCAAGGUUAUGGAGGAUAUCCUCAGCAAGGUUAUGGCGGGUAUCCGCAACAAGGCUAUGGAGGUUAUCCUCAGCAGCAAAUGAUGGGCGGAGGAAUGUAUGGACGGCCGCCGCCUAGACGUGGAGGCGGAGGGAUGGGAAUGGCGGGUGGAGCUGCGUUGGGUGCGGGAGCGGGUCUACUCGGUGGUGCGAUGUUGAUGAAUGCUAUGGAUAAUGAUGAGCAGGAUGCGUAUCAGGAUGGAUUUGAGGAUGGAGCGGAUUUUGGAGGGGAUGAUGGUGGUGGUGGAGAGUAAGCGGAAUGAGAAAAAUGAUGUUCGGAUGAGUUGAUUUGAGCACACGAGUCUUUUUGUGAAGCGUCUUCUUCCUGUGUUUUUUUUUGUAAUGUAUACUGGUACAUGCACACCAUCGAGAUAACACUGUUUCAAUA